GAGACAACAAAAUACUGAUAAAUACAUAAAGGGGAAAACUGCUGGAAAGAGACUAAAAAACACAGAUUUUAGGCUGCAGGAAAUCAGAGACAACGUGCAGAAAUAAUUAGAUAUUAAAGAGGCCAGAGGGGAGUCUUAGAGAAGCCCAGAUAUGGCUUCACACCCUGUGCAUGGGCUGCCAUUUCUGCCUGGAAAUACUUACAGAGAUCCUACGAAAUCAGCUUACCAUAGGUCCCAGACGCUGAUGUACAGAAAUGGCUACAGCCGCCCGCUGCUCCCCACCGUUGGCAUUGGAAGGGAACCUAUCACAUAUAACCAGCUGUCUCAGGCUGACCUGGAUGAGCUUGCCAAUAAACUCCCGACCCUGACGUACGGUCAAUCCAAGCAGGCGCCACAAUCUGAUUUUGUCCCUGCUCACGUGGCCUUUGAUAAAAAGGUAUUAAGGUUUGACGCUUUCUUCCAAGAAGUUGUUCCUAUGUCCCCUGAGGAGUAUUACAGGGUCCGCAGAGUGUUUGUGUAUUACUACCUGGAAGAUGACAGUAUGUCAGUGGUAGAACCUCCUGUAGAGAAUUCAGGAAUUCCUCAAGGCACCUUUGUAAAGCGCCAGAGACACCCAAAAAAUGACGUUGGUGAUCAUUACCACUGGAAGGACCUAAACUUAGGCGUCAAUAUUACUCUGUAUGGAAGGACAUUUCGUAUUGUCAACUGCAACAAAUUCACACAGGAAUUUCUUGAAAGCGAGGGCAUUGAAUUAAACACGCCCGAACAUAUCCCAACAGAUCCAUUCACCUUACGCCGUGUGCAGCCAGACCGCACAUAUACCACCCCAUCUGACUUUGAUAAGCUGAAGCAAUUCCUUACCAUGGACAGGAAGGUCCUUCGUUUCUUUGCACUUUGGGAUGACUCUCAGAGCAUGUUUGGGGAAACGCGCCGUGUGAUUAUUCACUAUUAUUUGAUGGAUGACACUGUGGAGAUCAGAGAGGUUCAUGAACGCAAUGAUGGAAGAGAUCCCUUCCCUGUGCUAAUGAAACGGCAGCAUUUACCAAAAUCUAUGAAGGACCUUAAAGAUACCUUCCCAGGAUGCAUACUUGAAAUUUCAGACCAGGAAGUGACCAACUGGUAUUCCCCCAGAGAUUUUGCUGUGGGAAAAACCAUUACAAUCCUGGGGCGCAAGUUUUUAAUCUAUGACUGUGAUGCUUACACACAAGACUAUUACCGUGACAACCUGGGCACCACUGAUUUCCACCCUGUUGAUGUGAAAAAAAAGAUAGAGGAAGAAGCGGCACAGGAGCUGCCACCCUAUAAUGGAUUCGGAUUGCUUGAGGACUCGAUUCAGAACUGUCUUAUGCUGGUUCCCAAACCUCCCAAGAAAGAUGUCAUUAAAAUGCUGGAGAAUGACCAUAAAGUACUAAGAUAUGCAGCUGUCUUGGAUUCCAUGAAAGUUGAGGACAAUGGACGGCGGUUCAUCAUUUCUUACUACCUGGCCGAUGACAUGAUCAGCAUCUUUGAGAAGCCAGUCAAGAAUUCGGGUAUCAUUGGGGGGAAAUUUUUGGAAAAGUCAAAAGUGCCUAAACCUGGUUCAUCAAUAGACAACCCUUGUUACUAUGGACCGGCGGAUAUCACCAUUGGUUCAGUUCUUGAAGUUUUCAGACACAGAUUCAUCAUCAUGGAUGCCGAUGAGUAUGUUUUACACUAUGUAAUUAACCACAGCGACGAGUUCCCCUCCGAACUACUGGAAUCGCUACAGAGGCAUUUUUCUCCCCAGCCAGAGGACAGACAAAGCUGAUUAACGCGUCACCUGAAGGAGAUAAUCAACUUCCUAAAUACACAGCUGGUGCUGAUUGCAAACUGACAUCAAAUUCAACUUUCUCUUAUUUCUAUGACGUUGCUUGGGCAAAGCUUCAUCACAAAGAAAUUCAGUCUAAUAUUUAUUUUUUUAAUGCAGCUGCAUACAUAUACUAUUAAAAGUAUGUUGUACAAAAA